CUUUGCCAGGCACCAGGCGACCAAGCUGUAUCAAUUCUUAAAGGUAUUGCCUUUGCCCACAUUUUCCGAGCACUCGCAUAGAUCGCGCACAGGGGACGGACGACAGGGACCGACGACGAUGGAAGCCGGGCGCAAGAAGUUCGUCGUGAAGCCCUUCCGCAGCAACGUGGGCAUGGAUGUCACGAAGGCCAAGGAGACAUGGCAGGCCCUCCGAUGCGCUAUCAAGGAGAUCCAUGGCCACAACGCGUCGCUCCUCUCGUUCGAGGAGCUCUACCGGAACUCAUACAACAUGGUGCUGCACAAGCACGGAGACAUGCUUUACGCGGGCGUCGUCGAGUGCGUCACGGAGCAUCUCGUUCAACUCGCUGACCGCGUGAUCCAAGCACCGGACGAAUCGCUUCUGCUCGAGCUCUACGCAACUUGGACGGACCAUACAAUCACGAUGACCAUGAUUCGCGAUAUCUUGAUGUACAUGGAUCGCACGUACGUACCCGGAAAGCGCAAGGUCCCGAUCUACGAUAUGGGCUUGCUCCUCUUCCGGGAUACGAUUGCCCGUCACCCGAACGUCAAGGAUCGGCUGCGAUGGAUGCUUCUCCAAAACAUCGAAAACGAGCGCAAUGGCGAGCUCAUCGACCGUGGGAUAAUGAAGGGCAUCUUGAGCAUGCUCGUGGACUUGGGUCUCCACACGAACACGGUGUACGAAGACGAUUUCGAAACCGAGUUCCUCCGCACGACGGCGGCCUUCUACAACGCCGAGGCCCAGCGACUUCUGGACCAAAACACGUGCCCCGAUUUUAUGCAAAAGGCCGACAAGCGCCUCUCGGAAGAGCACAACCGCGUGUUGCAGUACCUCAAUGCCUCGACGGAGGCAAAGCUCAAGGCAAUUGUCGAGCGCGAACUCAUUGAGAACCACGCAAAAGCUUUGGUCGAAAUGGAAGGCUCGGGGUGCGUGGCCAUGUUUCGCGAAGAUCGCAUCGAUGACCUGCGACGCAUGUACGUCCUCUUCAAGCGCGCCCCGCCGUCAGCACUCGAAGAGAUCGGGUCCUGCUGCACAAACUACAUCAAGUCGACGGGUCUCGACUUGAUCCAGACGCAGUUGAACCAACACCAGCCGUCCGAAGGCGCCGUGCAGUUUGUCCAGGCCGUCUUGGUACUGAAGGACAAGUUUGCAAUGUUCUUGACGCAGUGCUGGGGCGACGACAAGGCGUUCUACAAGUGCAUUCAGCGCGGGUUUGAAGCCUUUCUCAACACAACGCGGACGUGCGCGUUCAUGCUCGCACAGUUCCUCGAUGAUCUCCUCAAGUCCAAGUCUCGCUACGACAACGAUUUGGAAUUUCAAGUCGACAAGGUUAUUGGGCUAUUUCGCUUCCUCAGCGACAAGGACGUCUUCGAGGAGUACUACAAGCGUCUCCUCUCGAAGCGCCUACUCAACGCCAAGGGUUCGUCGGACGAGGCCGAGAAGAUGGUGAUCUCCAAGCUCAAGGCCGAGUGCGGCUAUCAGUUUACGUCCAAGCUCGAGGGCAUGUUCAAAGACAUGGCGAUGACGAAGGAUCUCAUGGACGGGUUCAAGAAGCACUCGCAGACGCUGCAGGUCCAAGUGCUCACGACGGGCUUUUGGCCGACGGAAAAUUGCCUCUCGACAGGUCUCGUUGCACCACUGGAGAUCCGCGCGUGGAUUCACCGCUUCGAGUCGUUUUAUUUUGGCCGCCACAACGGCCGGAAGCUCAACUGGCUCUACAACAUGGGCUCUGCCGAUGUCAAAGCAGUCUUCGGUUCUGGACCCAACGUCCAGCGCCACGAGCUCACGGUCUCGACGUACCAGAUGUGCAUUCUCGUGCUCUUCAACGACCGCGAGAACAUGACGUACCGAGACAUUGCAGCUGCGACCAACAUCGAGCCGUCCGAGCUCAAGCGUCACUUGAUUUCGCUCUGCACACCCAAGUUUCGAAUCCUCACCAAGUCGUCGCGAGGCAAGGGUAUUGACGACGACGACUGCUUUGGUGUCAAUCACGAGUACAAGUCGAAGCUCCACAAGGUGCGCAUUCCACUCGUGUCGCUCAAAGAUAGCUCGGGGGAUGCGCCCGCCAGCGUCACGGUCAGUGACGAGCUUCCGUCGACGGUCGCCGAGGACCGCAAGCAUCUCAUUGAAGCGGCCAUUGUGCGCAUCAUGAAGACUCGCAAGUCGAUGCAACAUAACAACCUUAUGGCCGAAGUGACCCGACAGCUCGCUACACGAUUCGUGCCUUCGCCUCAGCUUGUCAAGCGGCGCAUUGAAAGUCUCAUCGAGCGCGAAUACCUGACGCGGAGCCAGUCUGACCGCCGGCUCUACAGCUAUGUGGCUUAACUGGCCCAGGCGUUUUGAUUGAACCUUGCUCGUGACCUUUUUCUAUAUAGCACUUGCUCAAUUCC